AACAAAUACAAACUUCUCCACUCCUCCCCAGUCUCUGACUCUUCUCUCUUCCCAGUAAUCUAGACAAAACCCCCUCUCUUUUUUUUUCCUAUUAUAUAUUAAAUAUAAUUUCAAAUUUCACCCAAACCCAAAUCGCCAUUUCCAAUUCGGACCCCGAAAAACCCUAGAAAGAUCGAUUCUUGGAGGGGAUCGAAGAGGAAGAAGAAGAUGGGUGACAGGCCGGAGGACGAUGAUCGGAGUCAGAGCAGCGACUUCACCUCCGAGGACGAAGGCACCGAGGACUACCGGCGCGGAGGGUACCACGCUGUUCGAAUCGGCGACACCUUCAAGCUCGGACGUUAUGUCGUUCAGACCAAGCUCGGUUGGGGCCACUUCUCCACCGUCUGGCUCGCCUGGGAUACCCAGACCUCUCGGUAUGUUGCCCUGAAAGUGCAAAAGAGUGCCGAUCACUACACUGAGGCGGCCAUGGACGAGAUCACCAUAUUGAAACAGAUUGCAGAGGGAGACCCGGAUGAUAAAAAAUGCGUGGUUAAGCUUCUGGACCACUUUAAGCACUCGGGUCCAAAUGGGCAACAUGUUUGCAUGGUUUUUGAGUACUUGGGGGAUAAUCUGUUAACACUUAUUAAGUACAGUGACUACCGCGGAGUGCCGUUGCAUAUGGUCAAGCAGAUUUGUUAUCAUGUUCUGGUCGGAUUGGAUUACUUGCAUAGACAGCUCUCUAUUAUACACACAGAUUUGAAGCCGGAGAAUAUCUUGUUGUUGUCAAUGAUCAACCCUUCCAAGGAUCCAACAAAGUCAAGUGCACCUCUCAUUCUUCCAAGUAACAAGGACAAGGAUGCAUUCGACACAGGGGUUUCACAGCCAUUGAAUGGGGAUACGUCUAGGAACCAGAAGAAAAAGAUUAGAAGAAAGGCCAAGCGUGCGGCUCAAGAAUGUGCAGACAGAGAGGAAACUGAUGUUGAUGUAGAAACAUCGGGCGAGGCCGAGUCAUCUCCUAAUACAAAAUUGAAUGUGCAUUCCGCCGAAGGCCAGAGUACUAGUUCUGUUAAUACGAAUAGAUCGUCAGAUGCUGAUGGACCAAAGGGUGCUGGCACAGGAAAUCAGGGCGGUAAGAGGAGAGGGAAUCGUAGCAUAAGGCAAAAGUUGUUGACAUCAAUGGACUUGAAGUGCAAAUUAGUUGACUUUGGGAAUGCAUGUUGGACGUACAAACAGUUCACAAAUGAUAUUCAAACAAGACAGUAUAGGUGUCCAGAGGUGAUCUUGGGAUCAAAAUAUUCUACUUCAGCGGAUCUUUGGUCUUUUGCUUGCAUUUGUUUUGAGCUUGCAACUGGUGAUGUGCUCUUUGAUCCUCACAGUGGUGACAACUUUGACAGGGAUGAGGACCACCUGGCAUUGAUGAUGGAGCUUCUUGGAAUGAUGCCGCGGAAGAUUGCUUUAGGUGGUCGAUAUUCAAGAGAUUACUUUAAUAGAUAUGGGGAUUUGAGGCACAUUCGUCGCCUGCGUUUUUGGCCCUUGAAUAAGGUUCUACUGGAGAAGUAUGAGUUCAGUGAGCAAGAUGCGAGUGAAUUGACAGACUUCCUGGUUCCCAUUCUUGACUUUGUUCCGGAAAAGCGGCCUACUGCUGCACAGUGCCUUCUUCAUCCAUGGAUCAAUGCAGGUCCUCGACUUUUGGAACCAUCUAUAGCUUCUGAUAAAGAACAAUGUAGGGACAGUGGCAUUGCUGGAGAAGACAAGAAGGAAAAAGAUGAUAGGGAGGCCAUGGAAGCUGGAAUGGGAAAUAUUGCCAUCAACUCAGAUUCUAAACCGGUCAAAGAUCUUCCGACUAGUAGUAAACCCGCUAAGGCAGCCACAACUACAAGGCAGAACUCUAGCAAGGCGUGACUUCUGUUGGCUUGAGUCAGAAAUUUAUAUUGGAUGGGACUUGAGGUGGAUAGAAUAGCUGGCAAAUGGGUGUGAGGAAAUUUUACGCUCUGAUUGAGAAGUUUCUUUCCGACCGCAAUUGUCAAACACUGUACACUUAGCUUGCAACUGGUCAAAUGGGACCUUUGCUACGACCAAGUUGUCUGUGAACAGUAUAUUCAUUUCAAUGUGAUUCAUGUGUCUUUGGCAUAUUGGAAAUUUCAUUUUCCUA